AUGGAUGCGACUGCCGUUGGCCUGUCGUGCGUUCACGUGUUUUAUCAACAAAUCGGUGUUCUUGAAGUUCACGUUGGCGUUCUGGUAGGUGAAGUCGCAGCCCAUCGGCACGAUGAUGUGGUUGGUGCGGAAGGCCGACGAGACUUGGUUCACGUGGGCCACGAAGGCGUCGACUCGCUCGUCGACGUUGUACUCGGCGCUGUCAACGUCGUCCUGAAUCGGCUCGUCCUGGCACUGGUCGUCGAAGCAGAAGGUCUUCGGGUAGCAGUACGUGUCGUACAGCAUGCUGGUGAAGAGACCUUUGGAGAAGUCGUCGCGGCUUUGCGCUCUCGUGUCCCACAGCACCUCGAGCGCCUUCACGAGGCGACGGUCGGCCUUCUCUCGGAAGUCCAUCCGCUGGAAGAAGACGGCGUCGAAGCCGGCCUCCAGGAAGAUGUCGGCCUGGUCGCGAGCGUGUCCGAACGGGUCUAUCUGCCAGGCGACCCGAGGCCGUCCGCACUCGCCGAAGGUGGAGUUGAGGAAGCGAACCCCUUCGGUCAGUUGGUCUAUCGAGUCGGCGUAGGACACACUCGCCUCGUCCGACAUGCACCAACCGCCGAGCACGAAUUGCAGUUGCCCGUUGCCGACCAGGCCUCGAACCAGCCGACGCACCGGUUCCGUCUGUUGGCGCCACCAGCGCGUGAAGAAGGCCAUCUCGACGUACGUGAACCGCCGCUCCGGAUUGGCCGCCAGCGCCUGUACCACACUGUCCAGAAUGUACUGGACCCCGGCGCGUUGGAUGUAACUCUUCGAGCCGUAGUAGUACUGGUCCACCGUCUUCAGCCAGCCGACGUCGUCGUGUGUGUGUGCGAUCAGGUGGACAUUCAAGAGGUCGGCCUUUGUCGAGUCACACGACUCAUAUCCACACCGGGACUCGGACGCCCGACCCUUGCGGAGGCCGGACAGGAGGGGCAACGAAAUGAGGAGGAGGAGGAGGAGGAGGAGGGGCAGGGACGGGGUACUCCGUGUGGAAGGUACACUUUUCAUUGGGACAAACGGCGUCGUCAAGCUCCGGAAGACGCCGGCCCGUCGGAUAUGGUGACAGCAAAGCUGUACUUUCGUCCGUCUCGACGAGGUGCUGUCCUGCUCGUGUCGACUGAUGCAACCUGGCCGUCGACGAGUUUUUUUUUCAGUCGCCAUUUGAUUGGCUCCUCGUCGUCAAAGGCAUCUGCUCUCGCUCGUGUCGUGGAGACAAGGCGGCACGACGACGCACCGUCAUUUGUUGUCAAUCCAAUCGUCGACAUGACCACUUUGCACUCACCCAACCCCGGCAUGUCUCGCCUGAGCUCUCUUUCUCUCUUUCUCACUGUCUCUCUCUCUCGCCGUCGCCAGCUCGAGAGCGUGGACGAUUGA